AUGGACCGUCUUCAACAGAUUCAGAGUCAACUCAAUCAUCUUCCAAUAUCUGUUAGAAUUGUCCUGGGCGGCUUUAUUCUCUGUAUUCUCUACGCUGUCUUCACCCGCGAACGACCACAUGCAGGCAUACCAAUAGUGACGCUCGACCUAAUACUGAGCAAGGGUCUCAAGGAGUGUCCUAGCUGCUUCCAGGUUCGAGCAAGUUCGGGUUACAAGAUUGUGGUUCCAAACCGGUUCGCCGACGAGCUACGAAACGAGCCUAAUCUGAGUCUGAAUGAGAAUUUUGCCAAAGACUUCUUCAUAGAGUAUCCUGGGUUCGACGGACACCGCCAGGGCCUAAGAGACGGCAGUAUCAUCCAUGAAGUUGUCCGUACGAAGCUGACGCAAAGUCUCGGUACGAUAACCAACUUCCUCAUUGACGAGACUAUCGACACUCUUCAGGACGUCUUCGGCGAAGACGAGCAAUGGAAUACUCGCCCCCUCAAGGAUGAUAUUGCCGACAUGGUCGCGCGCUUGACGUCUCGGGUCUUUCUGGGAAGUGAGAUUUGCCGGAACGAGGCAUGGUUGAAAGUUGCAAAAACUUAUGCCAUGGACUCUUUCGUAGCACAAAUUCACCUCCGUAUGUGUCCUGGCCCUCUAAGACCUAUCUUGCAUUGGUUUAUACCAAGCUGUGCCCGGCUGCGCAGAGGUGUCCGCGAAGCAAGACGAUUGAUCGACCCAGAAGUUCAAUUGCGGAGGAAGCGAGCAGAGGAGGCAGUUAAAGCCGGUCUAAAGCCUCCAAAAGAGACGGAUGCAAUUGGCUGGAUGGUCGAAGUUUCACGAGGGAGGCCAAUUGACCAUGUCGGCUGCCAACUGUCUCUAUCGAUUCUUGCGAUCUUUAGUACUUCCGAGACAUUGUCUAGGGCAAUCUUGCAACUUUGCGACACCCCUGAGAUUGUAAAACCUCUUCGGGAGGAGGUCAUUCGCGUUCUUCAGGCAGAAGGCUGGUCCAAGAUUACAGUUGGAAAAAUGAGGCUCUUAGAUAGUUUCCUCAAGGAAGUGCAGAGGACGCGUUGCCUUGAUCUAACAUCCAUGAAGCGAAUGGCUAAGAAGAACAUUACUCUAUCUGAUGGCACUGUAUUGCCAGCUGGCAGUCAAAUCAUGGUGUGUGACAAUCUGGCUUUGGAUCCCCGAAUUUUCCCAAACCCAGAGAAAUUUGACAUGAACCGCUUCCUUCGUCUGCGGGAACAAACGGGCCAGGAAAACUACCACCAGUUUGUCACUCCUUCACCAUCACUUAUGGCUUUUGGUUAUGGCCAGCACGCUUGCCCAGGUCGUUUCUUUGCAUCAAAUGAGGUUAAAGUCGCGCUUUGCUGCAUGUUGCUGAAGUAUGAUUUUCGUCUCGUUCCUGGCGCGUCUCCUCCAAAAGAUUUGGAGUUUGAGACUGCUACAACAUUUGAUCCGGCUUUGAAAAUUCAGACUCGAAGGAGGAAGGAAGAGAUUGAUGUUAGGAAUCCGCAUCUGAACAAGAGCGAAUGA